UUCGUUUUGUUGUGGUUUGUUUAUGUAUUGUUCUUCUGUACUAUGUGGCCUCAAUCAGGGCAUUGCUGCAAAAGGGCCCUGUGCUCAGUCAAUUUCUCCCUGAAUAAACAAUGAUGAUGAUAUGUCUAUGCCCACACCAGCCACUCCGUUGACGGACAGUGUGAAGGGAAAUCCUCGUUCUCGUUUCCCCUGCUGAUUGAAUACAUCAACUCUCGCCAACUGAGUAAGUUGACGCUGCGUAAGAUGUCCAAGCGUAAGAGUGAGUCCACGAGAGAGAGCCAGCACAAAAGGUUGCGGUCUUCUCAGCCAGAUGAAGACGACGAGGAAGAGGAAUUCGCCUUAACGUUAACUUCACAACCUGAAGCUGAUCCGUUGCCCUCAGUCUGCACGGCGGGAGAUGUGGGCAUCGUAGAAAGCAUCACACUGAAGAACUUCAUGUGCCACGCACAUCUUGGGCCCUUCACGUUCGGACCGAACGUCAACUUUGUAGUCGGGAACAAUGGAAGUGGGAAGAGCGCUGUGCUCACAGCACUGAUUGUGGCCCUGGGAGGGAACGCUCAGACCACCAACAGAGGCUCUUCACUUAAAUGCUUCGUCAAGGAGGGAGAAAGCUCUGCUGAAGUGUCCAUUACACUGAGAAACAGGGGGAAUGAUGCCUUUAAGCCACAAGUCUAUGGCCAGGCCAUCACUUUGGAUCUGCGCAUCUCCAGCGAAGGUCUCAGGACAUAUAAACUCCGCAGUAAAACUGGUCAGUUGAUUUCUUCCAAGAAGGAGGAGCUGAUCUCUCUGCUGGAUUACUUCAACGUCCAGGUGGACAACCCUGUGUCCAUUCUAACUCAGGAGAUGAGCAAGCACUUCCUACAUUCGAAAGGGGAAACAGAUAAAUACAAGUUCUUCAUGAAGGCCACCCAACUGGAACAGAUGAACGAGGACUACGACUACAUCAUCAAGACCCAGGCGCUGACCCAGAACACAGUGGAUCAGCAUGAGGAGAUUUCGGAAGAGCUGAAGAGAACGCUCAAGGAGAAGGAAGAGAGGUACAAGAGUUUGGCCUCACUUGAGGACAUGGACAAGAAGUUAGACGAGCUCAAGAACCAGAUGGCCUGGGCGUUGGUAAAUGAAAUGGAGAAGGAGAUGAAGCCUAUUGGCGAUCGGGUGGAGACUGAAGAAAGGUCAACACCAAAAUAUAACCAGAAGGUGGACGAGUGGAAGGCAAAGGUUGAGGAGGCGGAGAGGAAGUACCGUCAGCAGCACGAGCAGCUGGAGCAGGUGACGGAGCGCUUGCAGCAGCUGCAGCCGCAGGGCACCCAGCUCAAAGGUGACAUCCAGGAGCGCAGCCGGGCAGUAAAGACUUCAGAAGCCAGCUACCACAAGCUGAAGACCAACCAGCGUGACUUGGAGAAGGACAGGGAGCAGCUCACCAAGCGCAUAAAUGAGCUCAAACUCAGCAUCAGCCAGGCAUCUGCUGCGGACAGCCAGGCCUCUGCGGCGCGCAUCGCGGGGCUGCAGCUGGAGCUGGAGGACCUGGGGCACCGCGACUCCACCCUGGCCCAGCAGCUGGACCAGUUCCAGCAGGCCAUCACCACCGCCAAGGACAACCUAGACAAGAUGAGACGCGAAGAGCAGGACCUCCAGCGCUCCUGUCAGUCCAAGGAGCAGAGCCUGCGUCAGAUGGAAGCCGGCCGGUCCAAUCGCAUCCGGCGCUUUGGGGAGCACAUGCCUGCUCUGCUCAACGCCAUCGACGAGGCCUACAGCAAGGGAAUGUUCCAGAAGAAACCUGUCGGGCCACUGGGUUACUGUAUCCGUCUGAAGGACUCAUCUCUGGCUCUGGCUGUUGAGAGCUGUCUGAAGAGUUUGAUGAUGGCCUUCUGCUGUGAUAACCAUAGAGAUGAGCGCCACCUACAGGCACUCACAAUGAGAUACUUAAAGGACAAGAGACCCACCAUCAUAGUCAGCCAAUUCAGCGAUGCACCCUACAACAUCACCCAAAGGGCUGUCAAUCACCCAGAGUACCCCAGUGUGCUGCAGGCCCUGGAGAUUGACGACCCGAACGUGGCCAACUGUCUGAUCGACAUGAGGGGGAUCGAGACCGUACUGAUCAUUAAGAACAAAGCGGACGCCAGAAGGGUGAUGCAGCAGAGCCGACCGCCCCAGAACUGCAGGGAGGCCUUCACUGGGACGGGGGACCAGGUGUUCACCAACCGAUACUACUCCAACGACUCACACUCCAGGGCACUGUUCCUCAGCGGAGACGUGGAGGAAGAGAUCAGGCAUCUGAAGGCGGCCCUUGACAACCAGCAAGAGAAUCUGUCACGUCUCCAUCAGCACAAGCAGACUCAGGACUCCCAGGUCCAGCAGAACAACGCCCUGCUCAAGACCACCUACGAGGAACGCACCAAAGUCAAGAGCCAGUCCAGGAGGUUGCAGCAGGAGAUCAGUGAACUGCAAAAUGUUGAGGAACCUCAAUCUGAGGACCUGGUGCCACUGGAGGACGAGUUGGAGGAGAUCAGGGAGAAGCUGUCCAUGUCCGACCAGAUGUGUGCGGAAGCAAAGGAGAAGCUGACGCAGCUACUCAGCGCCGCAGCGGAGGCGGACCAGAACUACCGGCAACACCGGGAACUCAUCAGCAGCGCCGCAGAGGAGGCCGAGCCAAUCAGGGAGGAGCUGAGCAAAUGGGAUCAGGAGGUGGAGAAGUCUAAGCACCACAGGAAGCACUAUGAGGAGAAGCUCAAAGCCCACAUCAACAACAUCCAGGCCCUGAAAAACAACCUAAAACAGAAAGAGCGGGAACUCACGGAGUCCAUAGCAAAGGCCUCAGAGAUUUGUCCAGAGCGUCUGGAGAUAAGGAGGACAGCGAAGAGCCUGGACCUGGAGAUCACGCGCAUGCGGACCAUCAUCAACACCCAGCAGCAGCAGCAGGGGGACCGAGAGCUCAUCAUCAGGCAAUAUCAGGAAGCCUUACAGAAGUACAACACUACUCUCAGGGAAGUGAAAACCCUUAAAAAGUUCAUCGAGGUGAUCACAGAACUCAUCCAAAAAAGGCAGAGAGCUUAUGCCAAGCUGAGAGGUUUCUACUCCCUGCGCUGCAAGUACUACUUUGACAUGACCCUGGCUCAGAGAGGAUAUACUGGCCAUAUGAACUUCGACCACAAAAAUAAAACGCUCUCCAUAGUUGUCCAACCUGGAGGCAAGAAUAAGGCGUCUCUGACGGACAUGCGUUCUCUCUCGGGGGGCGAGCGCUCCUUCUCCACCGUCUGCUUCGUCCUCUCGCUCUGGUCCAUCACAGAGUCACCCUUCCGCGCCCUGGACGAGUUUGACGUCUACAUGGACAUGGUCAACCGGAGGAUCUCCAUGGACAUGUUCCUGAAAGUGGCUUCCAGUCAGCGCUACAGACAGUUCAUCUUCCUCACGCCCCAGAGCAUGAGUUCCCUCCCGGCCAAUAACCUGAUCCGCAUCUUGCGUCUGAGUGACCCCGACCGCAACCAGACCAUCCUUCCCUUCGGCCAGCGCAACUACCCCGAUGACUAGACCUGAGGAUAGGGUACCUCGCGUCCCCCAUCUUUUUUGUUUUGUUUUUGUUCUUUUUUGUUUACUUGUUUAAAUGUAUUAUUUAGGAAAAGAUGAAGCACCUAGACUUUUUUGAUACGUGGUGUGGUUAAAAAAAAGUUAUUUUAGUUAAAUAAUUAAUUUUGUAAGUUUUGUACAUAAUUCAAAUGUGUAACCUAAAUGUAUAAGAUAAUUAAAACAAGUUGAAAAAUAUGUCCUUGUGUGUUUGGAUGUGAGAGAAAGGCUCACAUUGUCUGAUCUUUUGUGUUCUGUAAUUUUGCUAAUCGUCAAUCUGAGCAAACUUUUCUUGAGCAAAGAAUUUCCAUGACCUCCAUAUAGAUAAGAUAUCAAGUAAUGAGUGAAAUGUACCUCUUUAUCAUGUUAUACCAGUCAGCUGGUACCGAAAGCCAAGUCUGAACUUCAAAGUGUUACUGCAUAUUCACAUAAUACUUCCAGAACACUGUGCAUACAAAGUGUGGUUAUGAGUCAUGGAAUAAUUAUUGACGAUAUGAUAUAUGGAUGGAAGCAGAAGGUGUGGAGAUGACUUGUGUCCAUGAAAAUAUUGAUGCCAGCAUUUGCACACUGAGUAUAUUUUCAUGACACCAGCGCAACAGUAACGGUCAAAACAGUUAAGGCAAUGUGCAACCUCAUAGAGCUGUACUGUACAAACUAUAUGUAGUAAUGUUGAUUUAACCAUUUAUUUGUGUCGCUGCUCUUCCUGUUUAUAUAGUACUCUACAGGUGUAUGUGUAUAAUGCACUUUGGUGAUCGUAUGGUUAUCUGCUGGUAUGCACUUUGAAAGACCACUCUUGUGUUGUGCGUCACUCGGGUAAAUGAGCAAUGUCUAAAUGACAGAUCCCACAUAUUAAGUUUUGCCUUACAACCAUCUUAACAACCAGUGGCGGUUCUACACGGAGGGCUGGGGUGGCCCGUGGCCCCGUAUACAUGUCCCUGGCCACCCCGUGCUGACCAAAUACAAAAAUUAUGAAUGUAUUAUGAUUUUGCACCCGAGCGCCAAAAGCGGAACUAAUGCGACGCAACGUUUUACUAACAAAUCUUCAACUAGUUUUGUCACCGAGCUUCACUGCCAACUGAUAUAACAACCAGUGAUGUGACAUUUGUAGGCUACAUAGGGAGGUUACUGCCUACUUUUGAAAAGAUUUCACUGGGUGCCUCUGUGUUCACACCUGACUUGUCCAGCCCAAUCAACUAACGGCAGUUUCCUGACUACUGAAGUCUUCUCAGGAGUAAAUAGUAUCUGGAUGGGGCCAGCGCGACAGCAUCGCUUGUCUGACCAAGGCCAUGAAACCAAAAGUCCUUUAUUUAGAUAUACCAAGAUUAUUUGGAAAUGCA